UCCGAUUAGGUGGUUGAUAAGUUGAGAGUUCUUUCAUUUGCAGAGUGUCUUGCGGCAUCCGACGGCAGGGUUGCUACGAGCAGGAUCUCGAGAUUGGUAAAGGGGUGGAGCUCAAGAUCUUCGGCCGUCGAAUUUCGGAUAUGACGGAGAAAAACAGCCAGACACUCUCUUGGGUGCUUAACUAAGGCAGAGACGCCCAAUCCUUAAACUUUAGCCUUAAUGCUCUUGCGACCUUUGCAUUUUCUCCUAUAGGUUUUGAGUACAUUUUUGACCAAUUUCCUGAUUUCUGAUAACUCCACAAAGACUUAUGCUUGUGUUUCUGAUACCUAAUAGGAGCUGGAAAUGUGUUCUUAACAUUUGGAUUCAGAGCCAUCCCAGCUAUUAUUGUCGUCAACUUCAUUUUUCUUGAGGUACAAAGCUUAAUCAAUAGGUGAAGCAAUGGAUUCCCCAUUCGACGGUGUGGAUCACAGUAGUAAAUGGAGUAAGGAUAACUUCGACAAGAUGAACGACGAGGUCAAGCCUUCUCCACUACCACCUCCUCAGCGGCGGAGAAGCCUUGAACGGAGAGAUGACAGAGGCUUAGAAAGGCAACGUGGACGACAGCAUUACUCCAGUCGCAGUCGGUCUCCGCGGCUUCGAGAACGUCGCUACAAAAGGAGCCACUCGAGCUCUACCCCUCCUCUUUCUCCAUCUCCGUCUCCUCCGCCACGACGCUCGAUUACACAAUCAUCUUACAAGCGCUCUCGCUCUCAAAGGGAUGACUAUGAUGACUGUCGCUCUCCUCACUCACGGCGGUACUCGCUCUCCAGGAGGGAUGACUGUUAUGGCCGUCGAGCUCCGCACUCCCGUCGCUCGUCACCACAUUCUUUUUCCAAGGGUUCUCGAAGAGCUAACUAUGAUGGCAGACGCUGCUCUCCUCCCUCACGACGACGCUCGCCUCCGUCUUACAAACGCCCAAGGAGGGAUAAGUCUGAUGACCGGGACCCACCAUCACCACGACUUUCUCCGUCACCCUCCCCUUACAAACCCUCUAAGACUUCUAGGAGGGAUGAGUAUGAUGGCAGAAGAGAAAGCAUUAAAGAUGGACAAGAUGAUCGGAGCUGUUUGCCCCCCACGUUGAAGAAUCCUGUGCCUGAAGCAUCCCUUGCGACUCUGCCUCCAGUUAACCCAAUGCGCCUCAGCGCACUUUCUCGGCUUAAUGAUGAAAGUUUUGUUUGGCCUUGGAAGGGAAUAGUCGCAAAUGUUCCAAUUCAGUACAGGGAUGGAAAGUUUAUUGGCGAGAGCGGGCAAAAGCUUAAAGAGGAGUGGGUUGCCAAAGGGUAUAACCCAGUGAAGGUUCAACCACUGUGGAGUAGUAAGGGGCAUUGUGGCUUCACUAUAGUGGAGUUUGCCCGGGACUUCUCUGGGUUUGAAAAUGCAAUGGCAUUUGGACGGGAGUUCGAGCUGGAUAAACAUGGAAAAUUGGAAUGGACUUCCGGGAAGAGAGAUGACAAGCUCUUUGCGUGGAUUGCUGGCCGUGAUGACUACAAUGCCCCUGGCAUUAUUGGUCAUUAUCUCAAGAAAAAUGGAGAUUUGAAAUCUAUUUCUGAGAUCCAAAACGAGAAUCAGAGGAAGAAUUCAAAGCUGUUUUCUGAUUUGACCACAAAGCUGGAGUCCAAGAGCAGGAAGUGCGAGGAGAUUGCAGAGAAGAUAACUAAAACUGAAAGGAAGCUGAACAAUGUCAUGAGACAAAAGGAUGACAUGCUUGCAAAGUAUAACAAAGAGUUGGAGAAGAUGCAGCAAAAGGCAUUGUCAGAGCUACAGAAUAUUUUAAGGGAGAAUAAGAGAAGUGAACAAAGAUUAAAUGACCAGCGUGAAAAGCUGAAAUUGAAAGAAAAUGAACUGAAAUUUCGUGAAAAACUAAAUGAAAGUGAGAAGAGGAAGCUUGACAGUGAUAAAGAAAUGAAUGAGAGGGCAAUUCUUGCUCAAAAAAAGGCUGAUGAGACAAUGUUGAAAUUAGCUGAAGAGCAGAAGAGAGAAAAAGAGCUCUAUCACCAAAAAAUCAUUGAACUUGAAAAGGAACUUGAUAGAAAGCAAGCGCUGGAAUUAGCGAUUGAGUCCUUAAGAGGUGCCAUUGAAGUCAGGAGACAUAUGGGCGAGGAAGGAGAUCUGCUAGCUAAGCAAAAACUGACAUCAAUUGAAGAAGAGUUGAAAGAGAAGGAAGAAGAACUUGAGGAUAUGGAAAACAGGAACAAUGAUCUCAUUAUAAAGCAACGGCGCGACAAUGAUGAAGUGCAAGAUGCUCGUAAAGAGUUGAUCAAUGGAUUGAAAGGAAGCCGUGCCAACAUUUCUGUGAAGUUAAUGGGGGAUCUUGAUACUAAGCCAUUCAUUGUUGUUGCUAAGCAAAAGUAUUCCAAAAAAGAAGCACCAGAAAAAGCGGAGGAGCUGUGCACAAUGUGGGACAGUAACUUAAGUGACCCACACUGGCAUCCUUUUAGGCAUGUCAUCAAGAAGGGUGAUGGAUCAGAUAAUAACGCUGCUGAGGUGGAGGAGGUGAUAAAUGAAGAAGAUGAGAGGCUUGUUGGUCUAAAGGAGGAGCAUGGUGAGGAAGUAUAUGAAGCGGUGAAGACUGCGCUGAAGGAGUUGAAUGAAUACAACCCUAGUGGGAGGUACCCAGUGAACGAGCUUUGGAACGUCAAAGAGAAGAGAAGGGCUUCCCUAAAGGAAGGCGUGGAGCAUAUUAUUAAACAAUGGAGGACACUCAAGGGGAAGAGAAAGACCUGAGUGCAUGCGAUUUGACAAGCGGGAGAUACUACUGAGCACUAAGUACUAACAAGUAGAGUAAUGUUUAUUGUGGCAGAAUUUGCUUAUAUAAAUUUAACUUAGAUUUUAGAGUAACUAGUACAGCAACCUAUAUUUAACCUGCUAGGGUGGCCAACCCAUUCUUGGUGCCUUUUGGGUAGGGAUUGAAAGGAAUAUUUGAUUAGGUUAGAGACAUCAGCUAUAACAACUAGUACAGUAAUCCUGGCUUUAAGGUGUAGAGACAUCAGUAGGUUAGAGUAUUGUAUAUUUGGUUACGCUACCUAUGAAGUAUUAACUAACUAAUUCAAUGAAGCUGUCCAAGCCUUGUGCCUUUUUUUAGAAGCUUGGUCAAGCUCCCGGUUUCAGACUGUCAUUGGCUGAUUCACUGCACCAAUAAGUGAAUAGUGAUAGGCUGGUAUAUUUUUAUGCAGUAUAUGAAUUCGGAUAAACUGAAUCCAAAUUGGGUCGAAAACAGUUUGUUCUACCUGACUUCAAAC